AUGGCUAUAUCAUUUACAUUUAUUAAUGAUAUUAUUCGUGAUUAUUUUCAAUAUCGUAAUUUAACAUCAACAUCACGUAUAUUUGAUAAUGAAUUAUCAAAAUUAUCAUUAGAACAAUAUCGUGCUGAUCAUAUUAUUAAACAAUUAACAUUUUAUAUUUAUCAAUUUGAUAUAAAUAAUUUAAUUGAUUAUUGGACACAAAUUGAACAACAAUUUUUAUCAACAUUAACAAUUAAUAUAGAACAAAUAAUGAAUAUAUUUAUAAAAAUUCGUAUUAAUUUAUAUCGUUGUUAUUUAAUACAUGCAAUUAAAUUAUCUAAAAUAGAUAAAAUUAAUGAAUUUUUUGAACGUUUAAUAAAAUUUUUACAACAAACAAAUGAAUGGACGAAAGAAUGGUUUAUAUUACCAUAUAUUAAUAAUCCUGAUAAUAAUUCUCUAUUUCAAAUUUAUUUUUCUAAACAAUGGAAUGAACUUUUUUGGAUUUCAUUACAAAAUUUUUUAUCUCUAGCACUCUAUAAUAUGACACGACCUAAAAUUUGUUCAAUCGAAGAAGAAGAUGAUAAUUUUCAAUCAUUCGGAAAUUUAAUUUGUCUACAAUCAACAACAACAAAGCCUCUAAUUCUAUCAACUACUAAUAUUAAUUCAUCGAAGAUACAAUCAACGGGAAUAUUCGAUAAUGAACAAUUAUCUUCUACUGAACAAUGUAACCAAUCAAAUUUAACAAUAAUAUCUAAAUUGCGAAAUAAAUCUUUAUCAAGUAUCAAACAAAAUCAAACAACAACAACAUCACAAAGAUCAUUGUCGACUUGUUCGAAAUCUUUUUUUAUCGAGCCAUUGAAAGAAUCUACAAUAGAAAAUUCAAUACUAUCAUUAAGAGAUGAUUUAACAACUUCACAACCAUCAUCAUCAUCAUUAAGAUCAAAAUCAUCCUCAUUUACGUAA